AUGGUUAUAAACGUACAUAUUACUCUUUUGGGACAGUUCAUGCAGUGGAGGGUGAGCGAAUUUGAAGCAAAUGUCACUGACUUGAAUAAGUUCUGUGACGUUCUUCCUCACGGUUAUGCAGUUUCGAGUGAAGACUUCGAUAAUGAAACUGAAUUUCGGGAGAUAGUUCGCAGGCUCUCUCCGAAAGUCCCAGUGCGAGUGCCUGCCAGGCGAGAUCCUAGAAGCAGGGAGAAACCGAGCGAAGAAUGUAAACCUCAUAAGGACCCCAAGGCUUAUGGAAGAUUCUUUUUUCACGCUGAUGAAGCCAAGAGAUACAGUAGGUUUCGAUGGGGCCAUUUCAAAUCAUCCCAUCACUAUAGUUCAUAG